UUGGUUCUACAGGGCUCCGGUAAGAAAGUGCCUCCUGCAACUCAGCUGAUGAGAGUGAAGCAGCCAGGGUCCCACUCAGCAAUGAAAAGGGAGAAGAGGUUCAGCACUUCUUCAUUUCCCCUCAGUGCUAACAGAGAACUGCAGAAACUAGCUGCACUGGCAGGUAUUUCAUUUGUAUCAGCCUUCGUCUCUAUUGGUCCGUACCACAGUGAGCUCAGCCAAUCACCCGGCUCCCCAGUUGCUUACAUCACUAACUAG